AUGGGAGAUUCAGCUGGUGGAAAUCUCGUAGCUGCAAUUACACAACGACGUCGUGAUACGAAUGCAAAACCCGAUAUUCUCGGUCAAGUGCUACUGUACCCUCUACUUCAAUUGGCUGAUUUCCAGUCUAUCUCAUAUCGAUAUUUCUUCAAGCACCUUGAAGGGACUGCUCUUGUCGAUCCCGAAUCAGUUGUGUAUUAUUACAUGUUUUAUGUUGGCAUUGACAUGGAUAAGCACGGUGAUUUGGUAAAGUAUGUCCUGAGCAAUGGUCACAUUUCCCCACAAAUUCGUGAAAAAGUGGAUAAAAUUAUCGAUUACUCCUCAUUUUCUUACUUGAAUUAUGGAAACGAUUCGUUACCAGAGAGGGCGCCAGUGGUAUAUUCCGAAGAAGCGCAACGGCGUUUAGCUCCGUUCGUUGCUAAUCCAUAUGUUGCACCUUUGAUGCAAGAGGACAUGUCCCAUCUUCCCCCUGCAUUUGUAAUGACAUGUGAAUACGAUGUACUGAGAGACGAGGGGAUUUUAUAUGCCAAGCGUUUGAAGGAAGCUGGCGUGAAGGUAGAAGCUCGAAAUUACGUGAAUGGUUUCCAUGCAAUGCUGAAUUUUCAUCAUGAAAUUGAUGAAGCCGCAGAGUCUUUAAAAGACAUCGUCGCUUGGACGAAGAAGAUUAUCAUGUCUGCACAGAGUAACUAG